CUCGCGCUCCACGUGUUGUCUCGUCCAUUUUUUCGUCGCACGCAACACGUGCAGAGGUUCUUUCAUUUACUUGGAGUUUUUCUCAGACAAACGCAUAUAAAAUGGCCGACGUGGAAGUGCGUAAGGAAAAGAAAAAGAAGAAGAUCAAGGAGGAACCCAUGGACGCAGAUGAUAUUGGUACGCUGCAAAAGCAGGGUAACUUCCAGAUCAAGCCCUCCUCCAAGAUCGCUGAGCUGGACACCUCACAAUGGCCGCUUCUCCUUAAGAAUUUCGAUAAGUUGAAUAUUCGCUCCAACCACUACACACCGCUGGCCCACGGAUCCUCUCCCCUGAACCGGGACAUCAAGGAGUACAUGAAAACGGGGUUCAUCAACCUGGACAAGCCGUCUAACCCUAGUUCGCAUGAGGUGGUGGCUUGGAUAAAGAAGAUUCUCAAGGUGGAAAAGACGGGUCACUCGGGCACGCUAGAUCCCAAAGUCACGGGUUGCUUGAUUGUCUGCAUCGACAGGGCCACUCGGCUUGUGAAGUCUCAACAAAGCGCUGGUAAGGAGUACGUUGCCAUUUUCAAACUCCACGGAGCCGUAGAGUCUGUUGCCAAGGUGCGUCAGGGUCUGGAAAAGCUUCGUGGUGCUCUCUUCCAGCGUCCUCCACUCAUCUCUGCCGUAAAGCGCCAGCUGCGCGUUCGUACUGUUUACGACAGCAAGUUGUUGGACUAUGAUGAGAGCCGCAAUAUGGGUGUUUUUUGGGUUAGUUGCGAGGCCGGCUCCUACAUCCGUACUAUGUGCGUCCAUCUAGGCCUUGUCCUAGGCGUCGGUGGCCAGAUGUUGGAACUGCGGCGCGUCCGCUCAGGUAUUCAGUCGGAGCGCGACGGCAUGGUGACCAUGCACGAUGUGUUAGACGCCAUGUGGCUGUACGAGAACCACAAGGACGAGUCGAUGUUGCGUCGCGUGAUCAAGCCGCUGGAGGGUCUGCUGGUCAACCACAAGCGCAUUAUCAUGAAGGACAGUUCGGUAAAUGCCGUUUGCUAUGGAGCCAAAAUUAUGUUGCCCGGCGUCUUGCGUUAUGAGGAUGGCAUUGAGAUCGAUCAAGAGAUCGUCAUCUGCACCACCAAGGGCGAGGCAAUUUGCCUGGCAAUUGCCCUUAUGACCACAGCUACCAUGUCUUCGUGUGAUCAUGGAGUGGUGGCCAAAAUAAAACGAGUAAUUAUGGAGCGCGACACUUAUCCACGCAAGUGGGGAUUGGGACCCAAGGCAUCGGCCAAGAAGGCGCUCAUUGCCGCCGGCAAAUUAGACAAGUUCGGUCGGCCCAAUGAGAACACGCCCAAGGAGUGGCUGACUGGUUUUGUGGACUACAGUGCCAAGAAGGCAGUGUCUCAAGAGACUGCUCCCUCAAACGGCUCCAGUGAACCCAGCAAGCGCAAAUUGAGCACAUCCAGUGUUGAGGAAACAGCGGCACCAGCUGCCUCCGAAGAGACUCCUUCCAAGGACAAAAAGAAGAAGAAAAAGAAGCACAAGGGCGAGGAGGAGGCGCCAGCUGCUGAGGAGGAUGCGCCUGCCGAUUCAGAGCCAGUAGAAAAGGAGAAGAAAAAGAAGAAGAAGAAGGAUAAGGAUAGGGACAGAGAAGCUCAGGAAUAGAAAUCGAACGUUUCUAUAGGAUUAGGUUUUAUAGAAAACUCUACGGUUCUUUGUGGAGACGCCUACAAAUUUGCUAGCUGUUAAGUUUAAGGAGUGUUUUUAUGUGUAGAAGUGCAUACAAAUUACAAAAUGCAUUUAAGUGACAUUCGCAAUGCAAUAAAUUGUAUAUUUUAUUGUAAAAAA